AUGAUCAUGGUUUAUGGAGACCCUGAUCAAAUUUUUAUUGAAAAAUGAUGGUUAUUAUUUUCAAAAAAAAUAAAAUCAAAAUUUCAAAGGAAUUUUCUUAUUUUACUGCAAAACUAUGAUUCACACCUCGUAAUUUUGAAUUUAAAAUCAAAAAAAUUCUUCCCUUUUUUCUUGGUUUUUUUUUCAGAAAAUUGCAUCUGCCCACUUUAG